AUGGCGAUGGAAACCAUCUCCCUCCAACUCUUCAUCCUAGUCAUAGCCACCGCCGUCAUCGCUACACAGAGCUCAUCAUUAACGUCUUCGGCGCCCGCGCCGUCGCCGGCAUCCUCUUCGGCGAUCAGCUUCCUCAGGGCAUCCUGCGCCGUCACCGAUGUUCCAGAUGCCUGCUACAAUCUCCUCCUCCCGUACGCGGACACCUUCCACGGCAACCUCGCAAGGGUCGCCCGCGCGGCCAGUGCCUUUGCGGGCGCUCGGCAGCGUGAUUUUGCCGAUGAGCUCGCUCGUCUAAAGCUCCGGGGAACUGGCGCCGGGAGGGUGGCGGAUAUGACGCUGGGAGAUUGCUAUGACACUGUGUCCGGAGACAACAUGUUUGCCAAUGAGACGCUGGGCCACAUUGACAACCUCGUUGCGCACGUGGGCAGCAAGAAAGAUUUUGACUUCCAGCGGAUUAUGGCUCAGGAUUGGCUUCAAUCUUCGGGCUCGGGCAUGAUGCAGUGCGUGGACUGGUUUCAUGAUGCUGGUGAAGCCGCCGUCUCGUCGCCAGUGGGGAAGGAGGUGAUCGUUGGGUGCACCACUGUGUCUUCUUACAUGGACAUCGCUUUCAUGCUUGUAAAUGCCAUAAAGUUCUAG